GGAGGGCUGGGGAAGUGGCGCGGCUUAAUCAUCUGGACUAGUCCUGGGCGGGUCUGGAGGAACAGGAAAACCACCCGCAGCCCAAGAAUCCCAAGCUGAGAGAGAGGUAGCCAGAGGGACCGUAGUGGUUGAACAAGCAUCGGUGUUUGCCCCAUCUCCCAGCUCAGAGUAGCCUUUCUGCCACCUGCUGGCCCUUAACAAAUCAGCUCCCCGCGGUGGCCCACACCUGUAGUCCCAGAGACUGUGAAGGCGGAGGCAGGAGGAUCGCUUGAGCGCAGGACUUGGAGGCUGCAGGAGCCAGGAUGACACCGCUGCACUCCAGCCUGGGUGACAGGGCAAGACCCUACUUCUAAAAAAAAAAAAAAAAAAUCUGCUGCGGACUGCGACUCUUCUCUGCGGGAGCAAGACCUAGCAGGCCUGGGCAGGCGUGCCCUCGCCUGCCCCGCAGCUUGCUGGCCGGAGCCCACCGGGCCGCUGGGGGGCCGCGCAGGGCGGGGACGGCGCACCCGGCGCAGCGCGCGGCUGGGGGCGGGCGCGCAGCCUCGGCGGGAGUUCCCAGCGCCGCUGCGCCCGCGCAGCCUAGACGAGAGUCGGCUGCGACUCGGCGCCCCACGUCGCCGGCGUCCGCCCCCUGGCACGGCCUGCGGUGGUCUCUAGGCGCGCAGUUCUGCAAGUCUGCGAGGCUGGACGCAUCAGGCUCCGCGAAAGGAGACACCUGCUUUUCCCACAAUGCUGUCAUCCAGUGACUUUGCAUCUGCUUCCUGGGAGCUGGUGGUCCGUGUUGACCAUCCCAGUGUAGAAGAGCAGAAAGACGUGACGCUGAGAGUGUCUGGAGACCUGCACAUUGGGGGCGUGAUGCUCAAGUUAGUAGAAAAAAUCAACAUAUCUCAAGACUGGUCAGACUUUGCUCUUUGGUGGGAACAGAAGCAUUGCUGGCUUCUGAAAACCCACUGGACCCUGGACAAAUGUGGGGUCCAGGCAGAUGCAAAGCUGCUCUUCACUCCUCAGCAUAAAAUGCUUCGUCUUCGCCUGCCCAACAUGAAGACCGUGAGAUUGCGAGUCAGUUUCUCAGCUGUGGUCUUUAAAGCUGUCAGUGACAUCUGCAGAGCCCUAAAUAUUAGAAGAUCAGAAGAACUUUCCUUGUUAAAGCUUUCUGGUGACUAUUUUAAGAAGAAGAAGAAAAAAGACAAAAAUAAUAAGGAACCUAUAAUUGAAGAUAUUCUAAACCUGGAGAGUUCUCCAACAAUUUCAGGCUCACCAGUAAGUCCUGGUUUAUACAGUAAAACCAUGACCCCUAUGUAUGACCCCAUCAAUGGAACACCAGUGUCAUCCACCAUGACUUGGUUCAGUGACAGCCCUUUGACUGAACAAAACUGCAGCAUCCUCGCGUUUAGCCAGCCUCCCUUGUCACCAGAAGCCCUUGCCGAUAUGUACCAGCCUCGGUCUCUGGUUGAGAAGGCGAAGUUUAACGCAUGCUGGCUGGAUUCCUCUCACUCCCUCAUGGAACAAGGCAUCCAAGAGGAUGACCAACUGCUGCUACGAUUUAAAUACUAUACUUUCUUUGACUUGAAUCCUAAAUAUGAUGCUGUCCGAAUAAACCAACUCUAUGAACAAGCCAGGUGGGCCAUUCUCUUAGAGGAAAUCGACUGCACGGAGGAAGAAAUGUUGAUCUUUGCAGCACUACAGUAUCACAUUAGCAAACUAUCACUGUCUGCCGAAAUACAAGAUUUUACAAAUGACUCCGAGGUUGAUGAAGUGGAAGCAGCACUUUCUAAUUUGGAAGUGACCCUGGAAGGUGGAAAAGCAGAUAACACACUGGAGGACAUUACUGAUAUCCCUCAGCUUGCAGAUUAUCUCCAAUUAUUUAGGCCCAAGAAGUUAAUAUUAAAAACUUUCAAACAAUAUUGGUUUGUUUUUAAAGACACAUCUAUAGCCUACUUUAAAAAUAAGGAGCUUGAGCACGGAGAACCAGUAGAAAAACUAAACCUUAGAGGCUGUGAAGUUGUGCCAGAUGUAAAUGUAGCAGGGGGAAGAUUUGGAAUCAAGUUAUUAAUCCCUGUUGCUGAUGGUAUGAACGAAGUUUAUUUGAGAUGUGACGAUGAGAAUCAAUAUGCCAAAUGGAUGGCUGCCUGCAUCUUGGCAUCGAAGGGCAAAACCAUGGCAGACAGCUCCUACCAGCCAGAGGUCCUCAACAUUCUUUCAUUUCUGAGGAUGAAAAACAGGAACUUGGCAUCUCAGGUGGCUUCAAGUCUCAAAAGCAUGGACAUGAACCCAGAAUGUUUUGUGUCGCCUCGAUGUACAAAAAAACACAAGUCUAAGCAGCUGGCAGCCCGGAUCCUGGAAGCCCACCAGAACGUGGCCCAGAUGCCCCUGGUCGAAGCCAAACUGCGGUUCAUCCAGGCGUGGCAGUCCCUGCCUGAAUUUGGCCUCACCUACUACCUUGUCAGAUUCAAGGGUAGCAAGAAAGAGGACAUUCUGGGAGUCUCAUAUAAUAGGUUGAUUAGAAUCGAUGCAGCCACUGGGAUUCCAAUUACAACAUGGAGAUUCACAAACAUGAAACAAUGGAAUGUCAAUUGGGAAAUCCGGCAGGUGGCGAUCGAGUUUGACCAAAACGUCUCCAUCGCAUUCACCUGCCUGAGCGCGGAUUGCAAGGUGGUGCACGAGUACAUUGGCGGCUACAUUUUCUUGUCCACCCGCUCCAAGGACCAGAAUGAAACCCUGGAUGAGGACCUGUUCCACAAAUUGACUGGCGGUCAGGACUGAAGUGAGAAUGCCCUCUAGGCCUGCAUAGGCAAGCCAAAGGCUUUGGGUCCUCCCUAAACGGACAGGACCCAGGGCUUGGCUUACCCAGUGUGUAGGCUCCAGACCUACGAACAACAUAUAUGCGCUCAGAUCAUCCCCCCAUUUCAAAUACACAGCUUCUUAUCACAUCACAUCCCUUACUUUGCCCCAUGCUGUUAACUCUGGAAGGGGCCUCACUUGCCUUUUCCACAAAAUGGGCAGGAGAGGGCCUGGUACUCCAGGGUUGCUCCAGGUCGGGCCCGGCGGGUAGGUACUGUUCAAUGACUUGCAGAACCCGCCAAGUGCGUGGCUUGACGUUGUCCUGGCGCACAUCUGCCUCCGUGCUAAGUCAGUCGGGAGGACAGAAAGAUAAAAAUUGCAUGCAUCAAGUACAAAUCUUACUCUUCAAACUCAGGUAUGAAAAAAAAUCUUAAUGUCUCUUCUUAAUGAAACUGCUUUAGCUCCUAUCUUAGGAAAAUGGCAGAGGGAUUCCCCCAUACUCACAUUUUUUCCAUGGAGGGCAGAUCGAAGAGCAGAGCUACCUGGCAGCAAUUGGUGGCAAGGUGUCAGGGAAGGGUCCCUCAGUGCCCUCCGUCCACAGUGACAUCUGCCAAAGGGACCACUGACCUGUCUGGUCUUGGGUCAUCGGUCCUCUCAGGUGGCUGUUGCCAUCCACAGUCCCAUUCCAUUCUGGGAGAUCCCUUGGCCACCUUCAAGUCUUUCCUGAAGGGGUGGGUGACAUAGGCAGGGAAACCUGUUUGUUGGCCCAGAUCCAUGUCUCAGCUGCUUCUGCUCUGGGUUGGGGCUCAGGGAAACAAUGCAGGUCUCGGUGUUCAUAAAAACUGCUUCCCAGCAUCAAGGAACCCAGGUGGGUCUCCAUCCUAACUGGUCAGGAAGGGCUACCAUGUUCAUGGUCUGACAGCUGCCCACUGGCUGCCACCGCAGGGCCUUUAGCUUGUCUAGGUGGUGGGGGAGCAUUCCUUUUACCACCAGCCAAUGUUCUCUGGGAUUUCCUGUCUAUGAUUAUUGGCUCCCAGCCUUUUGCCUAGAGGCCAUUGGCUUUUGUAAAUCACAAGCUGAUAACAGACUAUUUUUCCUCUGCUUUUUUGCUGUGUCAUCCUUGCCUUGAGACAUAAUUAUGAGCCAAUUCACGGCUGCCUGAUUUGUCAUUUUCUGUUUUGGUUUGUUAGCCAUGCAUGGGGUGGGUUUUAAGAAGGUGAAAAGCAAUACCAGAGGUUAAGGAAACUAUCAGAUGAUACUUUGUUAUGCUUUUUAUAAAUGUUCUCUUGCCACACAGAAAACUUGGGGUUGCAAGGAUAUAGAGCAAAGGCUCCAACUCCAAUCUGCAUUUCUCUGAGGGUGCAUUUUCAUGAGGCCCAGCAGAGCCACAUUCCUGCAAGCAUCAGCUGUUGAUAUUUUUUCUUUUAACAAAGCCAUCUGAGAAGUGAGAUCUCAGCAAUUCCGGGAGCCACAUAGCGACAGCCUUGGCUAGGGAUCUCUUGGUCCUGAAUCAGAGGCUGGAAAUUCCUCUUUUAGCCUCUCCAUAGAGGUAAAUGUUGAUGAAACCUCCCAGGCACCAGCUAAAUUUCUAAAGCCUACUUAAAACUCAGAGGUGGCUGAGGCCCUUGGAAAAUCAGGUCCACAUCAUAAAGAACUUAAUUUGAAAUGGUUUAUGUACAAAGCAAUGCCAAGUGAACUGUUUUUAAGUUGGUUGGUCAUUUCUUUGUAAUCCUGGGCUCUGUUAUUUAAUAUUUAAGAUACUAGUCAAGUUUUUAAGAUUUCAGUGAGCCCUACAUUAAAAUAAUGUUCCUUGUCAGAUUUUAGCUGUCUGCUGCCAAGGACUGUGCUCCCUAAUUGACCAAAGUCAGACCUUCAGUCCAGACCUCUUCCUUAGCUAUUCAUGGUUUGUCUGACAUUUCCAUGAAAACACUAAAAAGAAUUGCCUGGUUUUAACCAAACUUUCUCUGUUGGUUACAACUUUCAGGGGAGCAUUUCUUCUGUAACUACAAUAGCAGCGUCUCAAAGGAAUAAACAAGUAUGACAAGAAAACUUUAAAUAUUGCUAUUUCAAAGCAAAUCAACCUUAAGGACACUUUUCUUUUUACAAUGGGUACAAAAGGUCAUCUGACUUCCUAGGAUGAAUUUUUAAAUGAAUGUAUCCCUUUCAACCUCAUUCGAUUUCUUAGCUAUACUUGAUGCAGAAAUCUGCAUUUUUUAUUAUCUUAUAUGACCUUCUUUUAAGUAAAAGAUUUGUAUGCAUUUGAGUGCAGUGUGUCCUUUCCAGCCUAUCUCCAGAAAGGUAACUAUUUUCACAGUUAUGAAAAAGGAAUGCAACUCCCGGGUCUGAUACACACCUCUCCUCACACUGCCAAGAUUCCAGUUAAUUCUCCUGGGUGCUGUGGAGAGCAGCUGACCAUGUGGGUUGUCAGAGGUGAACUUAGAAACUUCACUUAACUGUUGGUUCCAAUUCCUUUCUCACUGACUCUGUCACCCACUUUCCUGACAUCUCCUGCCUUAUCCAGAGCUCUGUUGUCUUUUAUAACAAAACACCAGAGAGCAAAAAAAGUAUCCGCAGAACAGAUGAAGCCUCUGACUGAUGGCUGGGUGUCGAGGGUACUUACUUGUUUUCAGUGAUAGGUGGUCCCUAAUGGUGGUGGCACAGUAUGUGGACGUCCCUUUGUGUGCAAUUCUCACAUUAGCCCAUAGAGGGCAGGAACAGUUUGCUUUCUCAUUUUGCAAAGGAGAAAGCAAGCUCAGAACAUGAAGUAACAUCCCCAGGGUCACACCAAUAAGCAGUGAAACCAGCAUUCAAAACCACGUUUGUCUUAACCCAGCAAACCCCACCCUUCCUUCCCCAGCCCUGCUCAGUCUUGAAAUGCCCACCUCCAGCCCCAGUGCAGGCUUCCCCUGCGCUGUGUCCCAAAGUCAGGCUCACACCCAGGCAUCAGGUAGAGCGCCACUCGGGAGUUAGCUGGGGAGGAGGGGGUGGGCCUAAGGUAUCUGGGAGCCAAGGAAAUGAGGCGCUUUGAGAGCAUUUUAUUUUUAAUUCUGGAAAAGUUUUUAUUAUCAGUCUUUACAUUAGAAAAGCAAGAAAAUGAGGAGUCUUUCAUCUGAAAAUUCAUCUUUUAGGCUCAGCGUCCAUAGCACAGUGGUUACUGUGCCAGCCACAUACACCGAGGGUAGCGGGUUCAAACCCAGCCCGGACCAGCUAAAGAAGUGCAAUAAAAAAACUAGCCAGGCAUUGUGGAGGGCACCUGCAGUCCAGGCUACUUGGGAGGCUGAGGCAAGAGAAUAGCUUAAGCUCAAGAGUUUGAGGGUGCUGUGAGCUGUGAUGCCAGGACACUCUACUGACAGAGACAGAGUGAGGCUCUGUCUCAAAAAAAAAAAAAAAUUCAUCUUUUAGUUGUAAGCACUAGAAGGCAAGAUAUUUUGUAAUUAUCUAUUUUCUGACAUCACUGAAUAUUGUUUAAUUCACGUAUAAGAUUUGUUAUUUGCUUCUACAGUGAGUUUACAUUCAUGUUCUUUAUUUCCCCACACAAGCUCAACUCCCCUGCCUCCUCUCCACCCCUCCACCGCCCCCUCAAGUACCCAGAAUCUCUCAGUGAUUGGGGGAGCAGAAACACAUCCUUAUUUGCUACUUCACCCCUCCCCACCAUCAUUCCCCUUAUGUAGAGGACUCUUGUGUCCUGGAAAUCAUGGAUGGAAAAUCUGAAGGUCAGCACUUGGCCCUUGCUGUUGAUUAAGUUUUUCCAUUUCCUUGUGCCUCAUUGAGGUUGUGAGGAUAAAUGUUGAUUGCUAAUAAAAAAGAAAAAAAAGUCA